AUGGGAAACACCCAAGGGACACCAAGUGAUUUGGACUCAUUUAGGAAAUAUGCUGGACUAACAAUUAAGCAUGUUAUGAUGCUGAGGUACAAGUUGUAUAAUAGGAAUAGGGAACGGCUGGAAAUGUUAUCGGAGGCGGAUUUAAGUAUAACAAAGGACGCAUUUUCUUUGGCGAUGAAGACAAAGGAGGAGGAGACUGAAAGGAUAUUUCGUAUAUUUGAUUUGAGCAGUUCAGGUAAAAUAGAAACAUUAGAGUUUGUGUGUGCAUUGUCAUUGAUGGCCUAUGCAAAUCUAAGGGAAAAAUGUGAUUUAAUGUUUGGGUUAUAUGACUUUGAUCGAAAUAGAACGAUGAAUAAAUAGGAGUUGAUCAUAUUGAUAAAGACAGUUCUAACAACAGUGAAUGCCAUAUCGUCGAAAGGAGAAUGUUCAAUAUAAGAGGCAGUUGGGAUAGCAUAGGUCAUUUUGGAUCGUUAUGACACAAAUGGAGAUGCUUCAAUAUCAGCAAAAGAGUUCUACAGUUUCGUUUCCAAAGAUCCUGAUAUAGUGAAAAUGUUAUUAAGCUAUGGAUUAAUAUCAAUACAGGAUUUGAGAUUCAAUUUUGGUGAGCCUUAGAAUAGUGAGUUGCCAGUGCCUGAGGCAGACAGUGAUUUAGAAAAUGAAAUAUAUAAGAGCAGGAUUAUAAAGACAGCAGAGGAUGAAGGAGUGGCUUUGGGAUUAGAGACUUAGAUGAAAGGGAAUGGGAUUGAAUAGCUGGCUUGGUAUUAGUAAUUAUCAAAGGAUAAUAUGAUUAUGGAUCCAGAUGAUCCUGAAGAUGUAAAUGGGAAUCCACCGAAUGCAACUUUGGAGAUUGAUCAUGUCUAUGGAUUUAGAUGUUUUGAUACUAGAAACAACAUCAAAUAUUCAACCGAGAAUGAAUUGUUGUAUCACACAGGUAGUUUAGUGAUCAAAGACGGAGAGAAGUAGGAAUUCUUUAUGGAACACACUGACGAUGUGACAUGCUUGGAUGUAUGGGAACAUUUGGUGGCAACUGGAUAGAUGGGGUCAAAGCCAUCCAUAUUUGUAUGGGAUUCAAGGUCAAUGGAAUUGAGAGCAGUAUUUAGAGGAGUGUUAACAGUAGGAGUAAGCAAUCUAUGUAUAUCGAAUGACGGAAGGAAGUUGGCAGCAGUGGGGAUGGAUGAAGAUCAAUGUGUUGUUGUGUAUGAUAUAGAAAAAGGGUCUUAAACGAGAAUGAAUGGGAGGAAGGAUGAGUCUUUGUUGGCUAAUGGAAAAGGGCCUAUUGUUGAGAUAUUUGAUAUCAAGUUUGAAAAAUCUGAUAAGUAGAUUGUGAUUGCAUGUAUGGGAGAAGUGAAUUUUGUUACUUAUGACAACAAUGUAUUAAGAGUAGUAAAGGGGAUGUGGGAUUCUAAAUAUUGUUCCUAUUAAGCUAUUUUAUCGAUUGGAUUGUUGGAGAAUGCGGUGGUGGUAGGAUCAUUUAAAGGAUAUUUGCUCUUAUGGAGAGUGGGUAGAACUACAAUGGCUAUUCCUGAUGCUCAUAAGGGACCUAUUACAACCAUUCAUACCUGUAGUAAGAAGAUUAUGAUCUUGACUGGAGGAAAAGAUGGUUAAAUUGGAUGGUGGGACCACAAUCUGAAGAAGAUUAGAGCUUUCAAUCUCGCCAAUUAGAAAGAUAUUUAAUUAAACAAUAUCAAAAUUACUGCUUUGUAUGAGAAUAUGGAUUAAACUGCUAUUUUGAUAGGAACGAGAGGAGGAUAGAUCUUGGAACUUAAAAACAGUGAAUUGAAAGUAAGAGUAAAUUCACAUUUCGAUGGCAAAUUGGAAGCUUUAGUGUGUCAUCCUACAAAAGAUUUAUUUUACACUUCUGGUGAGGAUCAGAUGUUGAUGUUAUGGGAUCUGAGUACUAAAGAAUUGAAGGAAAAGAAGAAAUUUGAUUAUUGUAUUAAGACUUUAGAUGUCAAUGAUAAGUAUUUGGUUGGUGGAUGUGGCAAUGGUAAUGUUCUACUAUUGGAGCCUUACAAAUUAACACUUUUGUAAGAUUUCAAAGACAGAGAUAGUGAAAUCACGUGUAUUAGAAUUGUGGAUGAAUAUUUAAUUGCAUUUUACUCAUCACCAUAUUAUGAAUUCUUUGUUUAUAGUAUCAGGUAGAAGUUUAAGAAAUUGUUAUCCAUUCCAGGCAGACCUGGUAAUUGCACAUCUAUUGAUUAUUCAAUGACCAAAAGGAUUUUAGUCACUUUUGAUAAUCAAUAAUUGUGGUGUAUUGAUUUGGAUCAGAGAUAAUUGAUUAAAUACAAGGAAGAUGAUUGGAAAUCCUUUACUUCUAUUUAUGGAUGGUAGAUAAAAGGAGCUUGGCCAUAGAAGGCUGAUGGAACAGAAAUCAUUACGACUGAUAGAGAUAGCACAAAAUCAGUCCUAGCGAUUGGGGACAAAUAUGGAUAGAUAAAACUAUAUAAGUAUCCUGCUUACAAAUUAAACUGCAGUUUCUAUCGUUAUUUGGGUCAUAGUGGUAGAAUCAGUAAGCUAAGAUUCUCAUUUAAUGAUAAAUGUCUCAUUAGUCUUGGAGAGAAUGAGAAAAGCAUAAUUCAAUGGAACUUUCAGGUCGAACAGAAUGUCGUGGAAAGAAGUAGUACAGCUCAUUCAAGGAAUCGAAGUGCUUUCAAAUCAGAGUUAGAUCAGUUUGAUGAUCAGAUGGAUGGUAAUGAUAACUAAAAGACUAACAAGCCAUUCCUGGAUUAAAUCAAAAUGGAUGAGGCUGAAGAAGAAUCAAUGAAGUUACCUGUUAAUUAUCUUAAUUUGCGAUAUAUCUUUGGAGUGUCCACCAGUUAUAAAGGGAACACUCUAUAUUAACAACUGAAAUAUGCUGGUCAACAAAAGAUCGUUUAUCCAAUUGGUUGCAUUUGUGUGAUAUUGGACACCAAAAUCGAUUAGACUGCACCCUAUCGUAAACAGAAUUUCUAUUAUGGACAUACGCAAUUAAUAUUAUGUUUGAGUGUACAUCCAAAAAGUCAGAUAAUAGCAACUGGAACUGUUGGUGAUGAAAUCAAUUUAUGGGAUGUGGACACACGUCAGACAUUAGUUCAUAUUAGAGGGUAUCAUAAGAAUGGGAUUAAGAAUUUGAAGUUUAGUAUUGAUGGCACAUUGUUAUUGACUUGUGGUUCUGAUCAAUUUAACUCAAUUUGUGUAUAUGAUUGGUAGGCAAACAGAAUUAUUUGUAAUUCAAAAGUAGAUAAGUCCCCCUUAACUGAUUGUUGUUUUCUGGGUAACCCAAAGGUCAUUUAAUUUGUAACUGUGGGUAAAUACAUGAGAGUAUGGGAAAUUAAGGGGAGAAACCUAUCUUUUGAUUAGUUUCCAGGGUAAUUAAGUGCAGUAACCUUUGCUUUCAACAGUGAAUUGGUAUGUGCAAAUGACUAAGGAGAGCUAAUGGUAAUCAAGAAUAAGCAGACCAACAGAAUUCUGGGUCACUCAGGUAGAGUGAAUGUACUUAUAGCAGUAAAACAGAAUUUGUAUUCUGGUGGUGAUGAUGGUAAGAUUAUUUUGUGGCAUUCCAUAUAGAAUUAAUUAUAGUAGAUCUAGUAGUUCAUGGAAACUCAAACUCCUCCUUUAUUAUCUAUGGAUAUAAGGAAUGAUAACAUAGUGUUUUUAACAAGCACUUGUGAUAUAAAGGAAUUGGUGAUCACAGCACAGAUACAUUCUAUUGAUAUCAUUAAAGGCCACGGGGAUGAAGUCAAGGGAUUGGCAGUUUCUAAAUACAAGGUUUAUACUUGCAGCAGUGAUCGAACAAUUAAGGUGUGGGAUAUCCGUAACAGGGUUUGCUCGUUAAAUAGUGAGCCAUAUCAAUUUCAAUUAAGAUCUAUUGAUGUUUAUAAUAAUUUAAUAGUUUGUGGAGAUUCAAAAGGAUUUCUGUAUUUGUUAGAUGAGAAGCUUUCGCCCUUGGGGAGUGCGUCAACCAAUUUCAAUUUGAAAUAAAAAACUAUAGCUUAUGAGAUAUCCAGAGUUAAGUUUGAUCCAAAAGGAAAGAGAGUGUGUGUUGGAGCCUAAGGUGGUCCAUCACAUGUUGAAAUUUGGACGAUAAGUUAGGCUGAUAACAGUUACAAGUUUGAUAAAGAGAAGUAGAUUAUCAAUUGUGGUUUUACAGGAGGUAUUAUGCAAAUGGAUUGGUCUGAGGAUGGCACUCAUAUUUUGGCAUCAUCUACAAAUUAUGAAUUGAAAUGCAUAUCCCUUCCUAAAUAACGUGAUGUUUAGUAUAAUUACGAUAUCAAAUGGCAGACUUGGUCUUGUAUUUAUGGUCCUGGAUUACAGUACAUAUAUCCACAUAAUCCUGGAGAGGACAUAACCUCAGUUUGUGAGACUGGUAAUGUUAAGGAGUUCGUUUUUGUGACUGGAGAUCAGUUUGGCAAUAUCUCUUUGUUUCAGUAUCCAAUCACAGGCAGAUGUUGCAGAACAUACAAAGGACAUAGUGGACCAAUAAAUUGGAUUCAGUUUUGCAUGGAAACUGAGGCCAAAUAAUAUGCCAUUUCAAUAGGUCAGAAGGCAAUCAUGGUUUGGUAAUUGGAAAUAGAUGAACCAACAGUUUUGGAUCCAGAAACAGAGAAAUUAUUGGGAAUCAAUGUGUAAGCAUAGAAGAAGACUGGAUUAGAGAAGUAUGGGAUUCCUCAAUAAUAAUAAGCCAAAGAUGAAGAAUUUGUUGAUAAGAUUUCUUUAAAACCUUGGGCUUCUAAUAUUAAGGAGCCUUCCUCUUACUACAAGGAUCCAAUAAAUUAGAAUACUCCUCCAUUAAUAGAUCUGGAAUUGGAACAUGCAUUUGGUUAUAGAGGAAACGAUUGCAAAAACAAUAUUAGAUUCUUGAAGUCUGGCAAUAUUGUCUAUCAUUCUGCUUCAUUGGGCAUAGUUUUGGAUAUGAAUAUAAAUCAACAGAAGAUAUUCAAUAUGCAUGAAGAUGAUAUCAUAUCCAUGGACUUACACUAGGACGGCAUAAGAGUGGCAACUGGAGAAAUAAAUUCAGGAGUAAUCUAUGUAUGGGAUAGUAAUACUCUGUAACCAUUAUGCAAAUUUUCUUAAUUAACCAAGGGGAUCAAAUCACUUCAUUUCUCUCCAUUUAAUCAACUGGUGGCAGUGGCAAUGGAUGAAUUUUCGACUAUCGCUAUUUUCGAAAUUAAUACAAAGAGUGAGAGUGGGGGUUCUUUGUCAUUCAAAUACCAGUCAGGAAGAUAAGUCAUUAACGAAAUUAAAUGGAUGAAUGAAAAUACAUUCUACACUAUUGGUCCCUACCAUUUAAAGGAAUGGGCCUACUCAUCUUAAAUGGUUAUAACCAAAAUCCCAUUACAAGAUAAACUGAUCUUGAAUACAUUCCUAAUCGAUGAAGAAGAGAUUUAUCUUGCAGAUAAUAGAGGGAAGGUCUUGAUUUAUUAGAAAAAGGUCUUGUAACACACUCUUGAACAUCACACUCAACAAGUGGAUGCCCUAUUUAAGACUAAGGAGUAUUUGUUCACAGGAGGGAAAGAUCAACUUAUAACAAUCUAUGAUGCCAAAUAAAUAAGGGAAGAAUUCUUAAUCUAAUUUAAAUUGCUGGAUUUAAUUAAGUUAGCAUUCUAACCAAAUAUUAAAAGUGUUUGUUACUUUGAAGAUAAAUUGGUUGUGGGUACUGUCGGAUGUGAGAUUUGGGAGUUAAGUAUGAAAGAUGCCAAGAUCACUAGUCAAACUAAAUUCGUUCCCAAGAUUAUGAUGAAAGGACAUUAUGCACCUUAAAUCCAGAGUGAAUUAUGGGGAUUGGCUAUUGAAGGUGACUUUGUCUAUUCAUGCGGAGAUGAUGCAACUCUUAGACAAUGGAGUGUGUCUCAAAGGAAAUAGACUCUAUUCAUUAGGACUGUCUAAGACUCCAAUUUUGUGGAUAUUAAACCAGAUGAAAAUGGAGUGUAUCCUGAUAGUGUAAAAGGACGUUCUAUCGCUGUUAAUUCGGAUUUCAUUGUUGUAGGAUUCAAAGAUGGGGGAGUCAGAGUUUAUGAUAGAGAAUUGAAAUAAAAGAGCUAUUUCAAAGUAGCCAAAGAUUGGAUCUCAGAUAUUAAAUUUUCACCCAACAAUGAAUACAUAGCAUUCGGGUCGCAUGACAAUUGCAUCUACAUUUAUAGAUUACCAGAAUUUGUGGUUCAUUUGAAACCACUCCGAAAACAUAGUUCAUUCAUCAAAAACAUUGACUUCAGUGUGGAUAGUACCAAAUUGAUAUCCACAUGUGGUAAUUAUGAUUUGAUCUUCUGGGAUAUAACUACUGGUAAGUAGAUGCCUCAGGGUCGUAAUAUCUUGAGAGAUGAAAAAUGGUCCACUUUUACCAAUACUCUUGGAUGGCCAGUCCAAGGCAUAUGGAAAGAUGAUUAUAAUGGUUAGGAGAUCAAUUGUGUUUGUAGAUCCACUUCCACCUUUGCUCCCAAAUAGCCAGACAACUAUUAUUUAUUGGCUGUAGGCAAUGACUUUAACGAGGUGCUCUUAUAUAGAUAUCCAUGUAUAAAUAAGAAAUCUGAACCCGUUUAAAGAAGGGGCCAUUCCUCCCCGAUUUCGCAGGUGAAAUUCACUCAGGAUGAUCAAUAUUUGGUGACUAUGGGAGGGGAAGACAUGACCAUACUUUUGUGGAGAGUCAUAAAAAAGUUAUGA